AUGGACAAAGUCAAUAGGCUUUCUCUCAAUAUCUCUAUCUAUCCGAAGCCUUUUGUUGCCAUUGGCGAGACAACCUUUGGACAUGUAUUCAGCGGUUAUGCUUUCACGCCCAUGACCGACUCCCUUGAGCCAAAGUACCCUGACUCUGAUUCCGAUGUCUUGGGAAACACGAUACUCGCCUUGAACAUUCCUCUUCCUGAUUCAAACACGUCUGUGAGCACGGAACUUUCACACUCGUUUCCGAGCUCCACUGCCAGUCAGCCGCAGUCUCCUGUCUGUGCAGAGAGCUGCGACAUCAGCCGAGAUAACACGCCUGACUCUGCUGCGUCCAUUGGCGAUUUACAAGCACUGUCGGGCGUACGCUUGGGCUUCAGCAAUAGCCCCUCGUCUUUCAACGCUAUCCAUAGAAAAGGAGGCCACCUCAUGGCCUCUGCAACGGGAGAUGUGCACGCAAAUACAUUCGACUCUGGUCCUCAGGAUUUCGUCUUCGCUCAGUUAGGAUUGUUCUGGACCUUUACUGGGGACUGGAAGAAAGCUCGUCAGGGCAAUCCCAAUGACGACAAACGGGGACGAUGGAACCCAAAUGGCUUUGCAGUGGUGGUGCGACUCAGCCCCAAAGGCGAGCUUGGUAAAGUCUAUGCUCUCCGCCAUCCCGACGUGGUACCUCAACUAGAGAGGAUUGAGGAUGACCUUAUCGAAAGCCGAAAGCCGAAGGCGAACAAAAAGACAACCCACAAGCGAGGAUUCAUCCUCCAGCACUACAAGCCCGGGCAUCCCCACCCGAAGAGUGAUUCUUCUUUCUCUAUUGCCAAGAUUGCCAAUAGCAUCCUGGAGCUAGGAUCCUAUAAGAGCCAGUUUGAUUUUCAGGUUCUCCUGUCUAACGAGCCCCAGAUCGUCAAUGCAAAGAUGUGGGUUUACGGACUGGAUGGACCUGCGCUUAUGCCUGUAUGUGAGCCGGAUGAGAUUGACAUCUGA